AUGCUAGCCGAGUCUGACAGGUACAAGCCAGAGGAGACGUUAGCGUCAGAGGUUGCGGAUCAAGUGGCUGCCUCGCGCCGGAUCGAGCUGAAAAGAGCUGACGUCUCAGUCAGCUUCUCGCGUCAGUCGGUCUCGGACGCAAGCUGGCAAGAUGGCCUCUUCUUGUGCUCGCGAGACUGGACUUGGACACUUUGGCCGAAUCUGGUCCGAUUGUGCCGGCGAGAUGAGGCGAGGCCAAUUCACAUUUCUGCUAAUCUCCGUGUUGCUACCGAAACAGCCGCUGAUGGAAUUGCUGAUGAUGAUGAUGAUGAUGAUGAUGCCGAUGUGGAGGAGGAGAUGACCGAGGAGGGUGGGCUGGGGCAACAGGGAGCAGGAGAAGAGAGAGAGAGCAAAGUGGAUAAGGAGGAGGAGUUAAGAAAGAGGCGAGAGCGAGAGUGGGAGGAGAAGAAGGAUUGGUACCGGGAUUGGUACCGUCUGAUGCGGAGCGAAGAUAAUACCGGAUCCAGAAAUUGA